AUGGACGAUAGUAAUAGUGAGGAAGAUGACCUGAGUGACUCGGAUUCUUUAAACAAGUAUCAGCAGAAAGAUGAAAAAACACAGGGAAAAAAUGUUGAUGUCUCAAAUACUAAUACAGAAGAGAUAAGAAACGUGUCAAAGAGAAAAGAAAGAGAAGAUGAUAAUUGUACUGAAGAUGAAUUUAUUACUGUUGUUAGAAGGAAACCAAAGAGACUUAUCCGUAGUGAUUCUACGGAAAUGCAAGAUAAAACGGGGAUUGAUUCAAAUAAAACUGAUAAUAGUCAAUUGGAAGAAGUAAAUAAAUAUCAACUAUGUAUUACGUCUAUUGAAACAUUACCUAAACAAAUGGCACUCGCGAAACUUCUCAGAUCCGAAAAUAUUAAAGGUAUCACAAGAAUUAAAUAUAAAAGUUUUAACAAAGUAUUGAUUCAAUUAAGUGAAGAUGAAGAAGUAGUCAAACUACUUGAGUGUCAAAAACUAAAAGAUAUGGGAUUAAGAUGUCAAAAAGUGAAUGAAUUGACAUUAUCAUAUGGAAUAGUUAAAGGUGUAGAUAUCGAUCUAAAUGAGAAGGAAUUACUAGACGUAAUAGAAUGCUCAACCGAGAUUAUUUCUAUCAACCGCCUUAAGCGGAUAAAUACUGAAGGUAAAUGGAUCGACAGCGAGGUCGUAAGAAUAAGUUUUAAGGGGAGUUUACCAUCAUAUAUCUACGCAUAUGGAUGCCGUUUUAAAGUGGAGUCUUACGUAUUUCCUGUGACCCAGUGUUCAGGUUGCUGGCAGUUUGGUCACAUACUUAAAUUCUGUCCAACCAAAAAGAAACUAUGCCCUAAAUGUGGAAACAACCACGAAAACUGUGACAUUACAGAAUUUAAAUGCCUCAAUUGUAAAGGACCACAUUUUACGUUAGACAAAACAUGCCCCCUAUAUUUAAAAGAAAAACAAAUUCGGUUAAUCAUGAGCAAACAACAAAUACCUUAUAGAACAGCACUAAAAGUGUUUUUAGACAAACGCGAAAAUAUAGAAAAUCCACCCCAAAAUUCAUACAAUUAUAUAAAUUUAAAUACAACACGAGAUACUCCGACUUACAGUAGCAUACUGACCAGAGCAACUGUGCACCGAGAUUCGGAGCCCAUGGAAACAAGCCCUAUGGACAGCGUAGACAAAGCAUCUAUGUCUAGACCAGUUGUACGGGAAAACAGAAAGUAUCGGAUUAAUAAAAGACCAACAGAGGUGACACAUUCCCUGCCGGAACAAGAACGGAACGAAGAAAUUAGGACAAAGGAACGAGAUAAGAAUAAUAAACAGGAGGAACAUACAAGUAAGAGUGCUUUACAACAUGUGGCUCGGUGCGCCUCUGGACACAGAGGUGCAUCGAUUGCCUACCAAAUUAUACAAUCUAUUAACUGGUUUAACGAGACAGAUAAACAGUUAAUAUUGCAGUGGGUCCCAGCGCAUAUUGGUCUGAAGGGAAACGAGGAGGCUGAUCUUGUAGCUAAGACAGCAGUAACAGAGGGUAUGAUCAUCAAUUACUUACCAGAUCACUGGGAAUUAGUUCCUAGAUUUAAGGAAAUAUGUUUCAAUGAAUGGAAGAAACUAUACGAAACUAAAUCGAUGAGUAAGGGCAUUUGGUAUAAAACCAUACAAGCCAACUUCAAAAGCGGCUAA